AUGGGGCCAAUUUCGUCUCUCCUCGUCUCACCGGCCGAGCUACAUCACUUACUUAAAGCUGCCUCAACUGCAUUCCGAAUUGUCCCUGUCGCAGCGGGAAACCACUCCACGCUUCCAUCCUUCGAAUCUCGUCAUGUACCCAACUCUGUGUUCUUCAACAUGGAUGCAGUCAAAGACACCAACUCACCCUACCCGAUGAUGCUGCCCUCUUCAGCCCAGUUUGCAACGUACAUGGCAGAGCGUGGCAUCCGCCGGGAUGACGUUCUAGUCAUCUACGACACCUUCGAGACGGGUCUCCGCUUGUCUCCCCGUGUCGCAUGGACCUGUCAGCACUUCGGACACAAGAAUGUUCACGUAUUGAACAAUUUUGCCAACUACGUAAAAGAGGGGUUUCCCGUCGCUUCCGGGCAGAUGCGGACGCCAGUGUCUUCGACAACUAGCGAGAUGGAUGAAGCUACCAGCAUUGAUCCGGACCCCGAGGCAGACAACAAAGGAAAAUUUCAGAUCAUCGAUGCCAGACCAAAUGACUUGUUUUCUGGACGUGCUGCAGCCAACGGCGCGAGUGCUUCUGUGAGAUUGGGACAUAUGCCAUCUGCUAUCAAUGUUCCUUUUGAUUCCGUUCUUGGUCUAGACAAAACAUUCCUUCCUCCGGCAGAGCUAAGGGACCAGUUCGUGAAAUGGAGAGGAAGAGAAGACGUGCCGGCUGUGUUGACCUGUAAUAGCGGUGUUACUGCUGCAGUGGUAGAUCUGGCGCUGCGGGUGGCUGGCCUGAAUGUGAAGACGAGCCUUUAUGAUGGGAGUUGGAGUGAGUGGGCUGAUCGAGUGGAUGAAGAUGGUUUGAUUGUUAUAUAA